AUGAGCACAGGCACUGGAUAUCCUCCCAGUCAUGCAAAAACAGGAGACUCUCGUUCUAUUCCUUCACAGCAACAAAUGCAGGUGCCAGUAAGUGGGAAUAUGCUGCAGCAACAGCAAAGAUUGAUGUACCAGCAGCGCUUGAAACAACAACAGCAGCAGCAAUUGCAUUUUGAACAACAAAUAUACCAGUUGUUGACUACUUUGAAUCGGAAACCAAAGAGGUUAUAUCAGUUUAAGGAGGAUCCAGAUGACCUUUUGAAAAAAUAUGAGCAAUUCAAACCAAGUUUUGAGUUUCACAUAUAUGAAAAUAACUUUAAAAUAUGCGCUCCAGCAAAUUCUCGUUUACAACAGCACCAAAAGACACCACAGAACUCCAAUGAUGGUUUAAUUUUGAACAAAAACAAUGAAGUUCUACGGGAAUUUUUGGAGUACGUUGCAAGGGGUGUCAUUCCUGAAGCUAUAAUGGAGGUACUAAGGGAUUGCAAUAUUCAGUUCUAUGAAGGAUGUCUAAUUCUUCAAGUUUACGACCAUACUAAUACUGUUGAUGUCAAACAGGAAACUCCGAACCCAAACCAAAUGCCGAAAAAAGUACCCACACAAACAGAUUUACAGAAGCGAAAUAGUAGUUCCUCAUCCUCGGGACCAGGAGCUGCUGCAAAUUCUUCUGUGCCAGCGACUCGUGUUCCAGUCGAUGGGUCUUCUUCUGUACCCGCACCAGUCGGUGUAACGCCUAAACCAGAAAAUGUAGCCGCUAAUUCCCUCUCCAACAAUGGUAACACUAAUACAACCAAUGCCUCAACUGUGCCAAAUUCAACCAAUAAUGCUAAGAAGGAUAAAGAAAAUUCAGGAAAAUCCUUCACAACUUUGAAAAGGCCAAGGAUGUAUAGAACUCUGCUCAGACCGAACGAUUUGACACAUUACUAUGAUAUGCUUUCUUAUGCAGACCAUACAAGGUUCCCAGAUUCGAUGUACCAACAGCUUGAAUCUGAAAUACUAACUCUUACUAAAAGGAACCUCAAUUUAGAUACACCUUUGAAUCCUUACACUCACAAAGAGUAUGUCAGUGACGAAGAAUUCCUAGAACCGGUUUACGAGGAAGAAAAGCAAAAGUGGGAAUUUCCCUACAGAGAAUUAUGUAUUGAACCGUUCACCAAAGGUGCUAUAGAGCACAUUGAGUUACAUGAAGAGCUUCCACAACAUAGUUCUACAUAUGAACAACUAAUGUUAAUUCUUAGUGAAAAAACUACUACCACAACUGCCGCUACCCUGGCAGCAUCAUUGCUGAAGAAAGCUGAAGCUAAUGCUGCUCGAAAAGCUGCAACUAAUGGUAAAACUUCUGGCUCCUCUGUAGGAGUAACAUCCAACAGCGUUGCAGCUGCGGCCGCCGUUGGUACUGGAACAAACACAGACGCUCAACAGUUUAGUAGGCUAAAAAUUAUUGAGCAUUGGAGAGUAGAAAAGGAAAGAAGAAAACAUCAAAGUGUGAAUUCGAACAUCGUUCCAAGUGCAUACGAUACUCGUAUUUCUAUGGGUAACCCGAUGACGCAGAGAAGAGCGUCACAACAGCAUACUGAUGGUCAGUCAAUGAAUCAAACGUCAACUGCCGUAGCGAACAAAAGAACUGGUACGGAACCUGAGGAAAAACCUAAGGCAAAGAGAGGGCGUAAGGCUACCAAAAAGGCUGCGGACGGAACCGCUGCGCCUCCGAAGAAAAGGGCGAUGACAAAAAAGAAGGCUGCUGCUGCUGCUGCUGCUGCUGCUGCUGCUGCUGCUGCUGCUGCUGCUGCUGCUGCUGCUGCUGCUGCUGCUGGACCGCCAUCGGCUACAUGA